UCCUUUAUUUAACUGGGACAUGCUCUGUAACAGAGUUUGGAAUAACCUCAAUCGCUUAUCUGAAAAAGUCGAAGACCUCCAGGAGCCUCUGGAGCACUACCUUUGGACACUGACUAACGGGGAGUCUCUUUUCCCUCUCCUUCGGGCGGGCACUGUAUCCCUGGGAUGUCUAGGUGCAUUGGUGUACGCAUUCUUCCUCAAGAGAGUGAAGUGUGCGCCGCGCUCAGAUGCCACCCCCGAGGUCGAUAAGGCCGUUAUUGUGGAACAAACACCUGUCCAAGAAGAAGAAGAAGAAGAGGUAGCUGCCCCUGUGGAACAAACAUCUGUCCAGGAAGAAGAGGUAGCUGCCCCUGUGGAACAAACAUCUGUCCAGGAAGAAGAGGUAGCUGCCCCUGUGGAACAAACAUCUGUCCAGGAAGAAGAGGUAGCUGCCCCUGUGGAACAAACAUCUGUCCAGGAAGAAGAGGUAGCUGCCCCUGUGGAACAAACAUCUGUCCAGGAAGAAGAGGUAGCUGCCCCUGUGGAACAAACAUCUGUCCAGGAAGAAGAGGUAGCUGCCCCUGUGGAACAAACAUCUGUCCAGGAAGAAGAGGUAGCUGCCCCUGUGGAACAAACAUCUGUCCAGGAAGAAGAGGUAGCUGCCCCUGUGGAACAAACAUCUGUCCAGGAAGAAGAGGUAGCUGCCCCUGUGGAACAAACAUCUGUCCAGGAAGAAGAGGUAGCUGCCCCUGUGGAACAAACAUCUGUCCAGGAAGAAGAGGUAGCUGCCCCUGUGGAACAAACAUCUGUCCAGGUAGAAGAGGUAGCUGCCCCUGUGGAACAAACGGCUGACAAGAAAAAAAAGAAAAAAGCUGACCAAAAGAAAAAGAAAGCUGAGAAGAAAAAUAAAAAGAACGCUUAGAAGGAGGAUAAAAAGAAAGCUGAGGAGGAAGAUAAGGAAGAAGAUUCUGAUGAAGAAAGCAUGGAAGAGAUACCGGUGGCGAAAGAUAAGGACGAGGUUAAUAACGAGGGAGAGCCCGAAAUGCAUCGUGUCAGGAAGGUCAAGCGCGGUCUAGUGAUCAUUUCUGAGAGUUUCCACGCCCUUGGUAUAAGCAAAGGCCUGUACUAGUACGAUUGCUUAGCUCAGAAAAAGAUCACCACUAAGAAGCACAAACUUAACUCCUGGUUCCCCGAGCGCGAUGGCCAUCUGAAGACCGUUAUCAGUUGCAUGCAAGAACUGUUCUUUGACAAGGCCGGCAAACCGAUUGUUCAAGAAAUCAUUAUUGGCGGCCCCGACCAAAUGAGGAUGUUGCUGCAGCAGCGGUUAACUAAAAAACUUUCAGAAAUCUUCAGCGAAUCUUUAGUCGUCGGUGGGCCUACAAAUAAGACAAUCUCGCAUAGGUUGCAGGAUAUUCUUGUUAAGUUAGAGGAUAGGCUGGCUAAUAAAAAGAAAAAGAAGCGAGAGUGAAAUGACCCUACAUUUUGGCACUGAUGUCUUGAUGUUGCAUCAGCAACAAUAGACUCCCUCUCACCACGCAGAUGAUGGAUCCAGAAUCGGUUUGGCACCAGUGGCGUCGCAGGAGUUGCCGGAACGAGGUCGCCUUUAACCACACACGGGCUGAAUUACAUGGCAGCAGUCAGAUACUACUAUCGUAUAUAUCAAAGUCAAACGCAGGUAUCGUAGUGGAAGACGCCGCCGUGGCAAAGAUGUUAAGCGCGCUGAACCGCGGUUGAUUAGGAAGGUCAUCCAAUUAGGCAAGGGUGGA